AUGGACGAAGCGCAGGCUGAUUUCGCACUGAAUUUGCUAAGAUCAGUAGCGACCGGCGACGAACCGGCUGUGAUAUCGCCGUUUUCGAUAGCCGUAGCCUUAGCAAUGACUUACGAUGGAGCACAGGGUACGACAAAAGAACAGAUGACAAACGUGUUAGCCAAAGGACAAAGCGCAAAGCAGUUUGAUGAUUAUGUCUAUGCACUACUCAGUGAUAUUGGAAAGAAGAACAAAAGCUACACGCUAGAUUCGGCAAAUCGUUUGUACCUCGGGGAAAAAUUUGUUUUAAAAGAAGCUUAUCAGAAAAUCAUCCAGACUCACUAUGCAGGACAAUUGCGGCAAGUGGAUUUCAAACAAGUGGAAGCCAUUGUUAAGGUUCAUAAUGAAGUUUGA